UCCAGUGAGUUCCAAGACUAGAGCUCACCAGCAGAGAGAGAAUUCCCCGGUGAACGGACCAGCUUUUCUUCUUUCCACAUUCAGAAAUGGCUUCCACCUUCCAUCCGCGAGAAUGUGAACUGUCUAAACAAGAAGGGCAAAGCUAUGGCUUCUUCCUGCGAAUCGAGAAGGACACUGAUGGCCACCUGGUCCGGGUGGUUGAGAAGGGGAGCCCGGCAGAGAAGGCGGGCCUCCAGGAUGGAGACCGAGUUCUUAGGAUCAAUGGUGUCUUUGUGGACAAGGAAGAGCAUAUGCAGGUUGUAGAUCUAGUCAGAAAGAGUGGGAAUUCAGUGACUUUGCUAGUCCUGGAUGGGAAUUCCUAUGAGAAAGCAAUGAAAAAACAGGUAGACUUGAAAGAGUUGAGUCAAAGUCAGAAGGAGCCGAGUUUGAAUGAUAAGAAACUGCCCUCUGUGGUGAACCAAGGAGCACAGACUUGGACCCAGCCACGGCUCUGCUACCUGGUGAAGGAGGGGAACAGCUACGGCUUCUCUCUGAAAACUGUCCAAGGUAAAAAGGGAGUGUAUAUGACCGAUAUAACGCCUCAAGGUGUGGCUAUGAAAGCUGGUGUCCUGGCUGGGGAUCACUUGAUUGAAGUGAACGGAGAGAAUGUGGAAGAUGCCAGCCACGAGGAAGUGGUGGCAAAGGUGAAGAACUCUGGAAGCCGUGUCAUGUUCCUGCUGGUGGACAAGGAGACUGACAAGCUCCAUGCUGAGCAGAAGAUAAAAUUCAAGAGAGAGACAGCCAGUUUGAAAUUGCUACCCCACCAGCCCCGGGUUGUGGAGAUGAAGAAGGGAAGCAAUGGCUAUGGUUUCUAUCUAAGGGCAGGCCCAGAACAGAAGGGUCAAGUCAUCAAGGACAUAGAUUCCGGAAGUCCGGCAGAGGAAGCUGGCUUGAGGAACAAUGACCUGUUAGUCGCUGUCAACGGCCAAUCUGUGGAAUCCCUGGAUCAUGACAGUGUGGUGGAAAUGAUUAGAAAGGGAGGAGAUCAGACUUCGCUGCUGGUGGUAGACAAAGAGACGGACAACAUGUAUAGACUGGCUCAUUUUUCUCCAUUUCUCUACUAUCAAAGUCAAGAACUGCCCAAUGGUUCCAUCAAGGAGGCUCCAGCUCCAAUGCCGGCUCCCACUCCUCCAGAAGUGUCAAGUCCAGAUAUUACAGAGGAAGUAGGAGAUCAUAAGCCUAAGCUUUGCUGGCUGGUUAAAGGGGAAAAUGGCUGUGGCUUUCACUUAAACGCCAUUCAGGGUCAGCCAGGCUCCUUCAUCAAAGAGGUACAGAAGGGCGGCCCCGCUGAGCUGGCAGGGCUGGAGGAUGAGGAUAUCAUCAUCGAAGUGAAUGGAGUGAACGUGGUGGAUGAACCCUAUGAGAAAGUGGUAGAAAGAAUCCAGAGCAGUGGGAAGAAUGUCACAUUCUUAGUCUGUGGAAAGAAGGCCUAUGAAUAUUUCCAGGCUAAGAAAAUCCCUAUUGUUUCCUCCAUGGCUGAUCCACUGGAUGCCCCCACUGAUUCCAAAGAAGAAACACCGGCAGAACCAGAGCAUGAUUCACACAUGGCAAAAGAACGAGCGUACAGUACAGCCUCACAUUCUUCUUCCAAUUCUGAAGAUACAGAGAUGUGAUGAGAGCAAAUAAAGGCUUUGGCUGACA